AUGCAUAAUGCCACAUCACAAGCAUUGGUUUUAUUUGGCACCCCUAAAGAAGCUGGUGAGAUUUUUUCCAAAAAUAAAAUGACAAAUACUGAAGAGGUGAACAAAGGCAUUUACUUUAGCUACCCAUGUCGACGUCACAGCUGUUCUUUAGUGAACAUUCCAGCGCCAUGUGUCAACAAAAUGAUUUCACACAUUGAAGGAGUAGAGUCUAAAAUACAGGAGCGUUUGAAACAGUUUGAAGCUUCAUUUGAAAAAUGGAGCAGAGCUACGGAAGACCUGAAGGAGGAUUGGAGUACUGCUGCACCAGUCGAAGAGGCCAAGCCCGAGAAGGAGAGAGAUGAAAAGUGUCCAGAAUUAAAGCAGGAAAUGGAAACAUUGCUAUCAGAGGCCAUCCAUCUCAUUAAAAGUCUAGAAACAGACCGUGCAGAAGCUGAAGAAGCUUUAAAAAGACAACAAUCAAGAAGGGAAAAGAUAAACAUGACAAUUGAUUCUUGGUCAAUCUGGAGACUUCAAGAAAUCCCGUUAGCUGUGCAGAAAGAACAUGAGACCUAUUUGAGAGAUAUUCUAGAAUUACAAUGGCAUCUUGAAGAUAUAGAACAUCAACGAACCAAGUUUGAGGAACAAAAGAGAAAGUGGGAAGAAGCUAAUGCAAAGCUUCAAGCAGACAUUGAUUAUAUGAAUGAACUUGCUCCUCACCUGAAUUCAAAGUUGAUCCAGGAAAUUGAAGCUCUGAAGGAAUAUACUAAAAAAAAAAAUGAGGUAAUGGAACUGUACAGACAAGUUUGUGACGAACUCAGAGAAGCUAUAGAAGACUAUGAAAAUGCCAAAUUAAAAGCUGAACAAAUGAGAAAAGAAAUGGAAAAAGAUAUUUGUAACGAUAAAGGAAGCAUAGAAACCUUCAAGAAAAAGGUGGAACAACUUAACGUUCUAUUCAAUCACUACGAUACAUUAAUUCAAAAUGUUAAAGUUACUCUUGUGGAGAAUGAAGAGACCAUAAAUGAAGUAUUGAAGGAAACAAAGACAUCAACAGAUGAAUUAAAUGCUUUAGCACAAAAGCUAGAAUAUCUGAAAAAACUUUAUGAGCAACUAGUAUGGAAGAAAAAAAGUUAUGGACUUAAAUAUAUGGAAGUACUUAAUAAUUUUUACGCAGCAAAAAAAUCAUGGGACUUUGAUCUUUCUAAUGUCACAAAAGAUUUUUCAGAUCUUUCAGUAACAUAUAAUCAAUUGACGAAUGAAAAUAAACAACUUGAGAAUGAUAUUGAAACCACUGCAGAUUUAAUCAGUAACAGUAUAAGGAAAAAAUCAGAGUUUGAAUGUGAAAUCCAAUCUUUGCUGAAAAUGAAGUUAAAAAAUGAUGAGUAUCUUAGAAAACUAUACAAGGAAGCUUAUCAGAUUGGUGCUGUUUUCCACCUAACCAAAUUUAAAACAGAGGAAUUAGAAGAGCAAAUAGCAGAAGUGAGAAGAAAAUUCAAGGGUAGAGAAGAUUUCUUGAAAAAACUCACUCGAGGUGCAGUGGCUAAUGGAAUGAAGAUUCAGAAAAAACUGUAUGCUCUGCAAGAAAAACAGAUACUUGAAAAGCAGGAUCUUUUGAGAAGGAAAGUAAUGUAUUCCUUAGUACUGGCAGAAACACAAUCACCUCUAGGUCAAAUGGAAAAUGAUGCUAUACGGAUCAAAAAUGUCCACCAAGAACAGUCUGAGAUACUAUAUCAGAUAAUUGAAAAGAGAGACUAUGUUAAAAAAAAUGUGCAACAAACAAAGAAAAAAUUGCGAAAAAAGGGGAAGAAAACUAAAGAAGCACUAAUAGAAACUGAGGAAAGAUACUCAAUAAUAUUUAAUGAAAUAGCGACAACUAAAAGUAAAACAGUGGUUUAUCAUACAAAAAUAAAUACAUUGAAUAAGGACCUGGAAGAAAGAGAAGAGGAAAAGAAAAAUUUUGAUAAGAUACUUGGCAAUUUGAAGGAGCAAUUUUUAACUAUAAAAUUUAAAAAGGAACAAGCACAAGCUGUUUACGAUCAUCUCAUGAGUGAGCAGAAAGCCUGCGAACAAAGGCUCUCUGAGGAAGGACAGAAAUAUAGAAAUCUCCUUGCCAUGAGGCAAAAAACUCUGGCAGAUAUUAAAAAACUACAAGAUGAUUCACUAGAAGAAAAUCUACGUUUAGCUCAAGAGUAUCAGAAAUUACAGGAGACAUUCUUAUCAGAAAAGAACCAUUAUUUCAAUCUAUAUGAUAGACAGUUAUCCCUUGAUUCUUCAAUUAGAGAUAAGAAAGAGCUCUGUCAGCUGCAAAGAAGGGUACAGAAGGUGUGGCAGCAAUACUUGAAACUGGUGGUCCUCCACAGCCAGAUGAGGCUGGCCAAGUUCCAGACAGACUCUCAGGAGAGCAUUCACAAAAUAUUAGCUGUGCAGGAGGAAUCUUCAAAAUUAAUGCAACAUAUUGUAAAUUUCUUCGAGACUUUGUCAGAUAGCCCAUGUGAAAACGAUGGUUAA